AUGGCUUCGGCCGUGCUGCCCGCUGCACACGCCUCUCCUCUGCCUGUUGCGGGCCUCGCUAGUUCUGCUGCCGCCGCCGUGGCCCGCGUGGCGCGCCGUGGAGCAGCUGCGGCGCCGGCUACAGCGCGUGCAGCCGGCAGCGCCGCAUUGCUCGGACGCAGCCCCAUCUCAGAAUCCGUCGCUGCGCCAUUGCUCGCCAAGCGCCGGCCGUCGCUGGACUCCUCAAACAUGCUGACAAUCGGCGGCAAGCUCUCGCUCGACUUUGUCAUCCUGCUUGCCGUCGCAAUGGGCUUCGCCCUAGUGUGCCUUUUCUACGUCUACUCCGCCUCGUGCCUGUCGCCGCGGCGAAAAGGCGGCGUCGUCAGCGCAGACCGAGAGCAGGCCAUGCGGCAGCUGCGGCUGCGCGGAGGCGGCGGCUACGCCACCGACACAUCGCCGCGCCGCCUGACCAUCGCGCCCGUCGUCGAGGGUGGCGACGGCUCGAGCAGCGAAACGUUCGUCAUCAUGCGCGCCGCAGAGACGCGGCCCCCCAGCGAGUUCACGCGCAGCUCGCGGCCCUCCUCGAAGACGAAGCUGCUGCCGAACGGUAGCAGACCGGCAGGCCCGCGCCGCAUGACGAGCGGACCGCGCCCCACGAGCACUGGCCGCGGCUAUAGCGUCAGCAGCAUGAGCAUCAGCAAGUACGCGCGUCCCUCCUCCGAGGCCGGCAGCGGCAUGGGAGUCGAGCGGCCUGGCAUGCCCAGCCACCCGAGCCUCAACAGCCUGCUCGUGAUGCCGGUGAUGCCGGGCGCGCGCGGCUACGACGUCGACAGCGCCGGCAGCAGCUCCAGCACCGUCACGCUCGCCACCGACCGCUCCUGGGAGCGACCCGAGGCUGCAGGGCGCGCAGCGUAUCGCGUUGGCACGCGCGCAUCCCGCUACGGCCAGCAGCCGACGCCCAUCGUGCGCACCGUCUCUACGCGCGCGCAUGCCUUCUCGCCCUCUGCUAGCUCCUCUCUGGGUCGCGGGCAGGAUCUGCAGCGCAUCCGCUCGAACAAGGAGCGCAACAGUCGCAUCCACUACCCGCCAGAGUUCGACGGCUCGUCGCCUUCGCUUGACUCGCACCACCCGCUCGACCUGCGCCGGCACAUCACCGAGCCGGCGCGUGGCGAGUACACGCGGCGCGACAGCACGCUGAGCAUCGGCUCCGAGGUGCAGGGCUUCCUCUCGUCCAACAGCCGCGACGUCAGCCCGACGAUGAGCCCGUCGCUCGGCGGUCCGCCGCUCUCGCUGCCGCACUCCAACUACGGACACGCCUCAUCGGGCAACAGCAGCUCCGGGCACGACUCGCUCGAGUCGCCCUCGGCGCGCCGCACGGCCGUGUACGCCGACAUUCCGCUGCGUCCGCAGUACGCGCAGGCCCACGAGUCUGAGGCGCCGACGAGUGCCGACGGCCUGCUGGCCAUGUCCUCGCCGCCGCGGCAGCACUCGACGGACCCAGUCAAGCCGCCCGUGCCGUCGCGGAGCCGUCUGCCUGCGUUUGCGCGCAGCAACAAGCUCUCAAGGAGCUACGUCUAG